UCUAUAGGGACCAGGCACAGAAACGAUGUCAAGUUCAAAUAUAACUUAGCGGUUGCUACACCAUGCAGAAUCUUUCCACCCCUGCACUCCAAAAACCCAAUCAGACAAGUGGCCGUAAUCUGACUCCCAGGAGCACAGGGAGCUGAGGGGCAGGCAAUGAGAGCUGCACUCUGGCCAGGGGCGGCAUGAGCGACAGACCCGCAGCAAGGCGGUGGCGUAAGUGUGGCCCUUUGUGUAGACGAGAGGACAUCAUGGUGGCCUUCAAAGGGGUCUGGACUCAAGCUUUCUGGAAGGCAGUCACCGCGGAAUUUCUGGCCAUGCUCAUCUUCGUUCUGCUCAGCCUGGGGUCCACCAUCAACUGGGGUGGAGCGGAGAACCCCUUACCUGUGGACAUGGUGCUCAUCUCCCUUUGUUUUGGACUCAGCAUCGCCACCAUGGUGCAGUGCUUUGGCCACAUUAGCGGCGGCCACAUCAACCCCGCGGUGACCGUGGCCAUGGUGUGCACGCGCAAGAUCAGCCUCGCGAAGUCCCUCUUCUAUGUCGCGGCACAGUGCCUGGGGGCCGUCGUCGGAGCCGGCAUCCUCUACCUGGUCACGCCUCCCAGCGUGGUGGGAGGCUUGGGGGUCACCAUGGUUCAUGGAAAUCUCACGGCUGGUCAUGGACUGCUGGUGGAGCUGAUAAUCACAUUUCAGCUGGUGUUUACUAUCUUUGCCAGCUGUGAUUCCAAACGGACUGAUGUCACUGGCUCCAUAGCUUUAGCAAUUGGGUUGUCUGUUGCAAUUGGACAUUUGUUUGCAAUUAAUUAUACUGGUGCCAGCAUGAACCCAGCCCGAUCUUUUGGACCUGCAGUUAUCAUGGGAAACUGGGAAAACCACUGGAUAUAUUGGGUCGGACCAAUCCUAGGAGCUGUACUUGCUGGUGGUCUUUAUGAGUAUGUCUUCUGUCCAGAUGUUGAACUCAAACGUCGUCUGAAGGAAGCCUUCAGCAAGGCCGCCCAGCAAACGAAAGGGAGCUACAUGGAGGUGGAGGACAACAGGAGUCAGGUGGAGACAGAGGACUUGAUUCUGAAACCUGGAGUGGUGCAUGUGAUUGACAUUGACCGUGGAGAUGAGAAGAAGGGGAAAGACCCGUCUGGAGAGGUAUUGUCUUCAGUAUGACUAGAAGAAAGCACUGAAAGCAGACGGGGCCCCUUAGAACUUUCCUCAGAUUUCCUCCCACCCAUUAAGGAAACAGAUUUGCUCUAAGAUUAGACAUGUGCAGGGUUGUGAAUUCAUGUCAUAUUUUUUCAGUUGAAACAACAUAUAUUUCAUUAUUUACCAAGAGGGAAAGGAAAAUAUUAUUGUGAAUUUAAAGUCUCAAAACAGGAAUCGUAAUAAUGUAGCCCCAAAGGAAAUAUACAUCCACUUUGUCUAAUUGCCUUUUAUUAAAAAGCAAUUGAAAAAUGAAGAUCAAGCUUUGGUUAAGGCUUGCCUUACCAAACAUAUAGACACAUUUAUUAUCUAAUACCUCUGCUGUGAGAAAAUUGGUAUUGUCACUUCUCAACUGAAGAUUUUUAUGUGCAUCUUUUGUUGGUGGUGGUGUUUCUUUUGGUGGAGUUGGGAUUUGACCCUACAGCCUCCCAUAUUCAAGGCAAGCACUCCAGCGCUGAGCUAUAUUCCCAGCUAAAGAUUUAUUGUAUAGGAUUCAUUUAACAAUGAAAAAAAUUAAGUAUGUCAAAAUAUCAUGCACAUUCACAGGACGAAAUAUAACAAGUUCUUUUGUUAGCAAUCUCUUAUUAAUAAGCUACCUCUGCAAAAGACACAUUAACAAGGAUCAUUGCCAUUAGAUCAUUUGUAUGUGUUUCAAAUACCCAACUCUUCAUGAUAAUCCUUCUCCCUCCUAAAAAUCCAAAAUAAUGAGACACUAAAACCCAGAAAUUUAGGAAGACUAUUCAGAAACCUUGUACAUGCAUUAAUUCCAUCUCAUAAAAUAUCUGAUAAGAGGGAUAUCUAUUGAGACUCAGACUUGAGAAAUCUUACAGGGGGGUGGGGGAAAGGUUCCCAUCAUAGAAAGAUCAUAAAGGAAAGGAAAAUCUGUCUUCUGCCAUCAAUGGCUGAUCUGUUUUCAGUGCACUAUAUGCAAUGAGCCAGCUGAGCUUUUAACCACUCAACCGUCUGACUUCCUUUUAACAAUUGGUUGACAAAACUGGGGAGUGCGUUUGUAACAUUGACUGUCUAUGCUUAAACACUAGUUGAGACAUGUUUGACAAGCCCUUGACUAGUUGAGUCCUUUUUGUUGGCUUUUAAGCCCUGCUCACUCUAGAACACAUAAACUGUCCUACCCAGUGCUAGCUUCUGCUGCAGUGUCGCUUCUCAUAUUUGUUGAUAAACAUCUUUGCUGCAGAUGAAAGGACAAUUGAGUGAACCAAAGUAAGUGCAAGAGAAGGUCCAACAUUCUGCAGAAUAAGAGGGGGAGGACAUCUGUGUACAGACCUGACUAAAUGAUCAGUCUUUCAUUUGGGAAGACACUGCACACAUAGAGCAACAUGUUUUUAAAGUGUUCUCUUCACAGGCUAGUAUAUUUGUUAAAAAAAAAAAAAAAAAAACUUGUGUUUCCUGCACUGCUUUGUUUUUCAU